CUCUCUAGUGUCUUUUUGUAUAAAAGGCAACCCAAAGCAAAACAAAGCAAAGCAAAGCAAAAGCCUUGGAUUGUGUGUGUGGCGUUUCUCUUCGCGAAGGAGAAGCGAAAGAGCAAAGAGAAGACGAUUCUCUUUCUCUCACUUAGGUUUUGACAGAGAAACGAAAGGAAAUCCAUGGCCGAAGAGUUCGUUGCUGGCUCUACAAACGGCGUUCCCAUGGAUGCCGCCGCCGCCAAAUCCCCCAACUCUAUCUCCACCGUCAUCCCCGGCUGGUUCUCCGAGAUUAGCCCAAUGUGGCCUGGGGAGGCACACUCCUUGAAGGUGGAGAAGAUUUUAUUUCAGGGAAAGUCUGAUUAUCAGGAUGUGAUGGUUUUCCAGUCAUCAACGUAUGGAAAGGUCCUUGUUUUGGAUGGGGUGAUUCAGCUCACUGAGAGGGACGAAUGCGCUUACCAAGAAAUGAUCACCCACCUUCCCCUGUGCUCAAUUCUAAACCCAAAGAAGGUUUUGGUUAUUGGUGGAGGAGAUGGUGGAGUCCUGCGGGAAGUUGCUCGGCAUACCUCCAUUGAGCAGAUUGAUAUAUGUGAAAUUGACAAGAUGGUUGUUGAUGUGUCUAAAGAGUUUUUCCCCAAUGUAGCAAUUGGAUAUGAGGAUCACCGGGUGAACCUUCAUAUUGGUGAUGGAGUUGCCUUUUUGAAGGCUGUCCCCGAAGGGACUUAUGAUGCAGUUAUAGUGGAUUCUUCUGAUCCAAUUGGUCCCGCUGAAGAGCUCUUUAAGAAGCCGUUCUUUGAGACAGUAGCUAGGGCUCUUCGUCCAGGAGGAGUUGUCUGUACUCAGGCUGAGAGUAUAUGGCUUCACAUGCACAUAAUUGAGGACAUUGUGGCUAAUUGCCGGCAUAUAUUUAAAGGCUCAGUCAACUAUGCGUGGACUACAGUCCCUACAUACCCAAGUGGGGUGAUUGGUUUUAUGCUUUGUUCAACUGAGGGACCACAUGUCGAUUUCAAGCACCCUGUGAAUCCUAUUGAUGCUAAUGACAAGUCCAAGAGACCUUUGAAGUUUUACAACUCCGAGAUUCACACAGCUGCUUUCUGCUUGCCAUCUUUUGCGAAGAGGGUGAUUGAUUCAAAAGCAUGAAGCGAAGCGUUAAGAGCUACAAAAUAAGAUUGCCGUUUUUCUUCCAUUCUCAUGAAAGAGCUCAUUUAGCAAAAGAAGCAAUGAAGGAAUAAGCUGAGGUUCAAAAUUGACGUCUCUAUUUCUUGGCUGUUAAGCGUGAUUUUUGGUGGAUUACAAUGUCUAUCUCUUUUUCUUUCAAAUAGUAUUACGAAUUGCAAGUUAAGAAACCCUGCAGGAUUUUGUCGAUGCAAUCAGCUUUUUUGUUUUUCCCAUUUCGUUUGGAUGAACUCAAUCUAGCUGUUCUAUUAAUAAUAAUAGCAAUUUGGUUAGUGCUUAUGCCAAGUUGUGAAUGGCAACCAAGUAAUUAGAGGAGUAUUCAUGAA